CAGGGUCCCCCGCGGGGCUCCCGGCACACCCCAGGAAGGUGGGGCGGAGGCGGUCCCAGGCUAGUAGGCGGAGCCUGCGGUGUCCAGACUCGGCUUUUAGACUCAACCCUCCCCAGAGCACAGCUUCGCCGAGCCCAUCUGGUCCCCAUCCCGGCCUUGGCAAUGACCCUGGCAGCUUCCUCCCAGCGUUCCCAAUUCAUUCGCUCCAAGUUCCGAUCUGUCCUCCAGCUUCGGAUCCACAGACGGAAUCAGGAGCAGAUCUCGGAUCCUGACCCGUGGAUCUCAGCCUCCAGCCCUGCUCUAGCCCCGGCCUUGCCCUCGGGCACGGCCCCUUUCCUCUUCAGCCCUGGGAUUCUGCUCCCUGAGCCCGAAUCCUGUCCUCCUUGGAGGUCCCCAAAGAAGGAGUCUCCCAAGACCUCCCAACGGUGGAGGGAGUCCAAGCCCAGGGGGAACUUGACAUACCACCAGUACAUGCCCCCAGAGCCCAGACAGGGAGCCAGGACUGGCCCCCAAGCCGAGAGGUCCGCCCUGGGUCCUCCGGGGCCACCUCUGUGGGAAGGGACAGACUCACAGCAGCCACAUCCUAGGAUGAAGCCCACUCCCCUCAUUCCCCGCCCACCAGGAGUCCCCAGACCCUCGCCCCCUCCACACAAGUUGGAACUCCAGACCCUUAAACUGGAGGAGCUGACGGUCUCAGAGCUCCGGCAGCAGCUGCGCCUGCGGGGCCUCCCGGUGUCGGGGACCAAGUCUAUGCUCCUGGAGCGCAUGCGCGGUGGCGCCCCGCCCCGCGAGCGGCCAAAGCCGCGGCGCGAGGACAGUCCCGCGGGUGCUCCCUGGCCGCGCCUCAGGCCCAAGGCCCUGGCAGCCGCCCGGCGGCCGAGCUCGGUCAAGCCCAGCGCAGCAUCUCACCUGCCAUCUCUUCCACGUGCCGCGGAUACCCCGGGGACGGCUCCAGCUCCAACUCCAACUACGGCUCUGGCUGCAGCUCCAGCCCUGACCCCUUCCUCCGCGCCGGCCUCCGUGGCUCUGACUCUGGAGGAGGAGCUGCAGGAGGCAAUCCGGAGGGCGCAGUUGCUUCCGAACCGGGGCAUCGAUGACAUCCUGGAGGAUCAGGUGGAGCCUGUUGACCCCCUGCCUCCCAUCCCCCUGGACUUCCCUGGCUCCUUCGACGUGCUGUCUCCCUCCCCGGACUCAGAAGGCCUCUCAUCUGUUUUCUCCUCUUCACUCCCGUCCCCUACGAACUCCUCCUCCCCUUCUCCCAGGGACCCUACGGACUCCCUGGACUGGCUGGAGGCCCUGAGUGGGGGUCCUCCCCUGGGUUCUGGUCCCCCAGCCCCCAGCAUCUUCUCUGCUGACUUAUCUGACUCCGGCAGUAGCCGGCUGUGGGACCUGCUGGAGGACCCGUGGUGAUGGAUUGGGGGUUUCCAGAAACAGAGAACUGGUGGGGGUGGAGAGAAGCUCCCUGGGGGAGGAGAGGGAAGGACCAGCAGAGCCCCUCCUACCGCAGACACAGAAUUGGAGGCAACCUCCCGCCCCACCUGCCUCCUGAAGUGCUGCUGACCGCAACUGCCUGAACUUUGCCUACCUGGCCUCCUUAUGAUCCCCCUCCAGGGUUGUACGGCUGGGGGGCUUCUUUUGCUGCUGGCCACGGCAAACAAGCUGCUUGUUGCUUCUUUC